AAGUAAAAAAAGGAGUGGAAAGUGCUGGAUACGGAUCGAAGGUUGAAAUUUAUCAAGUUCCCGAAACCUUUCAAGAGAAAGAUCAUGAACAAAUAACUGAACACCAAAAGCCAAAUAUUCCAUUUAUUGUUACAGAAAAAUUAGCGGAAGCCGAUGGAAUUCUUUUUGGAAUUCUCGCUAAAUUUGGGCAAUUCCCAACUCAAUUUAAAAAAUUCCUUGAUUCAUCAAGUCAACUUUUAGGUAAAAAGUCAUUAAACAAUAAAUUUGGAGGAAUUUUUUUCUCAAUGGAUACUCAACCGAGUGGUCAAGAAAUGAUAGCUUUCACGACAAUAAACUGGUUGUCGUCUCAUGGUAUUAACUUUGUUCCACUCGGUAAUGGAUCACAUGAAGGAUUGAACGGAGGACCUUGGGGAGCUAGCACUAUUACCGAUAAUGGAGCAAUAUCCGAGAAGGAGAAAGAAGUAGCACAAUUUCAAGGAAAGAAAUUUGCAGAACUUGUCACAGCUUAUGUUAAAGGAAGGCAAGAAUAUAGACAAAUAUACU